UGGUCGGGCGCAAGGAGCAGAGGCGAGAUGGGCGUCCUGGGCCGGGUCCUGCUGUGGCUGCAGCUCUGCGCACUGACCCAGGCGGCCUCCAAACUCUGGGUCCCCAACACGGACUUCGACGUCGCAGCCAACUGGAGCCAGAACCGGACCCCGUGCGCCGGCGACGCCGUUGAGUUCCCGGCGGACAAGAUGGUGUCGGUCCUGGUGCGAGAAGGUCACGCCGUCUCAGACAUGCUCCUGCCGCUGGACGGGGAACUCGUCUUGGCUUCAGGAGCCGGAUUCGGAGUCUCAGACGUGGGCUCGCACCUGGACUGUGGCGCGGGCGAACCUGCCGUCUUCCGCGACUCUGACCGCUUCUCCUGGCAUGACCCGCACCUGUGGCGCUCCGGGGACGAGGCACCUGGUCUCUUCUUCGUGGAUGCCGAGUGCGUGCCCUGCCGCCACGACGACGUAGUCUUUCCACCUAGUGCCUCCUUCCGCGUGGGGCUUGGCCCUGGCGCUAGCCCCGUGCGUGUUCGCAGCAUCUCGGCUCUGGGCCGGACGUUCACGCGCGACGAGGACCUGGCUGCUUUCCUGGCGUCCCGCGCGGGCCGCCUACGCUUCCACGGGCCGGGCGCGCUGAGCGUGGGCCCCGAAGACUGUGCGGACCCGUCGGGCUGCGUCUGCGGCAACGCAGAGGUGCAGCCGUGGAUCUGCGCGGCCCUGCUCCAGUCCCUGGGCGGCCGCUGCCCCCAGGCCGCCUGUCACAGCGCCCUCCGGCCCCAGGGGCAGUGCUGUGACCUCUGUGGAGCCGUUGUGUUGCUGACCCACGGCCCCGCAUUUGACCUGAAGCGGUACCGGGCGCGGAUACUAGACACCUUCCUGGGCCUGCCUCAGUACCGGGGGCUGCAGGUGGCCGUGUCCAAGGUGCCACGCUCGUCCGGGCUCCGGGAGGCCGAUACGGAGAUCCAGGUGGUGCUGGUGGAGACGGGGCCCGACACGGGUGGCGCGGGGCGGCUGGCCCGGGCCCUCCUGGCGGACGUCGCCGAGAACGGCGAGACCCUCGGCGUCCUGGAGGCGACCAUGCGGGAGUCGGGCGCACACGUCUGGGGCAGCUCCGCGGCUGGGCUGGCAGGCGGCGUGGCGGCUGCGCUACUGCUGGCGCUGCUGGUCCUGCUGGUGGCGCCGCCGCUGCUGCGCCGCGCGGGGAGGCUCAGGUGGAGGCGGCGUGAGGAGGCGGCCCUGGCCGGAGCGCCCCUUGGCUUCCACAACCCGGUGUUCGACGUGACGGCCUCCGAGGAGCUGCCCCUUCCGCGGCCGCUCAGCCUGGUUCCGAAGGUGGCCGCAGACAGCACCAGCCAGAGUUACUUCGUCAACCCUCUGUUCGCCGGGGCUGAGGCCGAGGCCUGA